AGUACAUCCGGGUCGCGGGAGCAGGCGCCCCAGGCCCCGCCUCGUCUCCCCUGAGCCUUAGUACCCGCUUCCGGCCGUCGCAGGCCUUUUCCGCCUGUUCUCUGCCUGCCCUGUUUCCGCUCUCCGGGUUGUUCUGGCCUCUGCGCCCUGGUGCCUCAGUACUUUCCGCAGUACCCAGGGACUCCCUCUGCAUUUCGACUCUCUCCGGGGCUCGGAGCCACGCGGCGGUGCGUCUUGGCGGCGCCGCCCGGACCGAGGCCUGCCGCGCCGCGGCGAGUUCGUGCAGACCUGACCCCGUGUCUCCCCAGCUCCGUUGAGGCCGCCGCCUCGGGAUGCCCUGGCUGGGGUCCGCGCCGCGCUGGGCGGCCGCCGCGGGCCGUUGGGGCUGCAGGCUGCUCGUGCUGCUGCUGUUCCUGGUGCCGGGCCCCGGCGGCGCCUCCGAGAUCACCUUCGAGCUGCCUGACAAUGCCAAGCAGUGUUUCUACGAGGACAUCACGCAGGGCACCAAGUGCACUCUCGAGUUCCAGGUCAUUACUGGUGGUCACUACGACGUAGACUGUCGACUAGAAGAUCCUGACGGUAACGUGUUGUACAAGGAGAUGAAGAAGCAGUAUGAUAGUUACACCUUCACAGCCUCCAAAAACGGGACAUACAAAUUUUGCUUUAGCAAUGAAUUUUCUACUUUCACACAUAAAACUGUAUAUUUUGAUUUUCAAGUUGGAGAAGACCCACCUUUGUUUCCUAGUGAGAACCGAGUCAGUGCUCUUACCCAGAUGGAAUCUGCCUGUGUUUCAAUCCAUGAAGCUCUGAAAUCUGUCAUUGACUAUCAGACUCAAUUCCUAUUGAGAGAAGCUCAAGGCCGAAGCAGAGCCGAGGACCUGAACACCAGAGUGGCCUACUGGUCAGUAGGAGAAGCCCUCAUUCUCCUCGUGGUUAGCAUAGGGCAGGUGUUCCUUCUGAAAAGCUUUUUCUCCGAUAAAAGAACCACAACAACUCGUGUUGGAUCAUAAUUUGAGAAUUGAUGCACCAUUGCCGCUGUAAUAUUGCUGUCCUCUAAUUAAUUUUAGGUACCGAAGAACUUAAUAUGGCAACAUUUUUAGAACCUUACUCAUACACUUGUUGGGGGUGGGGGGGGAUGUACAAUGCAUAUCCCCAAGCUGUGGAAAGGACACCUUUUUUUAUUUGUAAAGGUAGAAAAACUUUGGGACUUAUUUUGGGCUAUUCGUAAAUAUUCAACACAAUGAUCUAUACUUUUCUGGGUUGUUUCUAUCUACUCUUGACACACUAAACUUUGGUAAUUUUGAUUCCUCUUAUCCUUUUAAAAGUACUUUUCUUGUAAGCAGUGGAUAUUUUAAACGAAGCCUUCAAUUUAAUGCCGACGUGUUGUGGAGGAGGAAAAUUACCUUUUAGUUGUUUAUAGUAAAUAAAGUUUUGUUUUUAAGAAAACCAUAUGUGAUUAACUGUAGCCCAAACCCUAUUCUGCAUUGUUUAAUUUUAUGAGGAAAAAAAUCUAGCAUAGAAAUGUUAGUUAAUAUUGAUAUAAUUUUAAAUUGACACAUCAUGGUUUAAUUUAUUUCUCAGUAGCUUGGAAAAUGUCAUUUUGUUGUUUGGGUUUAUUCUGUGAUCUAUGACCAGAUAUGUUAUUUUUUUUUUCAUAAAGACAUUUUUACCACACAGGAACUAGUAUGUUUCAGUAACAGUUUACAGAGACCUUAAAAAUCAGACUGUUGUUAACAGGUAGAAUAAUUACAGAAUAAUUUAAGACACUACAAUGGGGAGCAAAUGACAUGAGAAAACUUUUAGUGAGUUAUCAGCACACAUUACAUUUUCAGUGCUUUUACAAAGAAAAAAGGUGAUCUGUUUCAUUAAACAUUGAAUUGGCUAAUUCUUGCUCUAAUGUGGCUUUAAUGUCGGGAGUCACUCCUAGCUUUAAUUGACCGUUGUUAAUAUAAAAGUAAAAGUGUAACAGUGCCAUACAUUUUAUUCUAGUGGGUGUGAUGCACUGAGAAGUUAGUUUCUUUGCUUUUUUCUUUCUUUUUCUUCUUUGUUUUUUGGGGUUUGUUUGUUUGUUUUUUUCCUUGCACAUGUAAUUUGUACAAUCUCUGAUUUAGCAGCCCUAAGAUGAUUUAAACAUUUAGAAUGCUGUGUGUGUGUUUCUUGUUUGAUAAUCUUCAUUGAUUGUACUGCAUUUAAUGAGUAUUAAAUAGUGCAUUUUCUGUACACUAUAGGAUUUAGUCUGUGUUUGUAUUUUAUAACUUGCAUAGAUUGAGCUGACUGAAAUAAGAUUUUGUUCCAGAUAUUCUAGGAUAGAAUACAAGAUGAUGCAAAAUUGUGUUUAAAGCUCUUAUGCUGUUCUAAAAAAAAAAAAAUUACGACUGCUUUUUGCCAUGUUUCUCCCCCCUACCUGAAAGUGAUGAGCGCUGAACAUGACUGGCAUAUUUUUAGGACUUUGGUAUGUGGUACUACAGAAUACAGAUUGGACAGCAAUUUAAAUCCCUUAACUGCCACCAAUUAAAAGUUAACUCUUAAUUUUAAGUUGUCUUAAAAUGCACAUACACUUCUGCAUGUAAGAGCAAGGUGAAUUCAGGUUGUCCUGCUUGCUAAUUUAAAAUACGACAGUGUAGCAAAGGAUAAACAUACUUUCAACCCUUUAAUUCUAAAAUGUUUGAAGACCAAAUAGCUACUCCUUCAACAAUAUUUAUCAAUGGAUUAAGAACUGAAACUUAAAGAUUUUACAGACUGUUGGGGUUCUUGCCCUGCAGCUUUUUAAGUGUCCCUCUGUGUUUAGAUUUGCAGAUUGUAAAGAGUACUGUUAAAGUGAUAAACCUGAGAGUAUGUUGAAUGUCCUUUUCUGGUUGCCUGCCUGCUCUGUCGUGUUCCGAUAGUUAACACCAUAAUUAAGCAGAGUUGGGUAUCAUCACAGUGCCAAGUCUGGCAUAGAUAAUAGUGAUUUAAUCUGUACCUAUCUAAACUUCAUGAUAUUUAAAGACUAUUACCACAAAUAAUUUGUGAUAAAACUAUUGAGGUAUGUUAAAAAGUUUUAAAUCACCACUGUUACCUGUUGUAGAAAAUAGUACUGACUUAGUCUAGUCUGUAAUUGGUUAAAGUUUGAUGGCUUGUCUAUAUUCAAUUAGGUAUGUAUAUAAAAAUUAGAAAAUACAUAUCUACCUGGAUAUGAAUAGUAAGUAGAACUUUUCCUUCUCCUAUAUAAUUUGUAGCUUAUCUUUUUUCUUUAAUCCUUUCAUAACUUGUUGCUGCAGUUUGAAUUUCUCAAAUGUUUAUAUUUGGACACGUGGCUCAGAAUACUUAUUUAAACAUCAUCAGCUGUAUAUAUUUUUAAAGUAGAAUAAAUAAUGGAAAGGGACAUAAUAUGCAAGUUUAUACUAAAAUUCCAACUGUGUGAUGAUAACAUUUAAAGAUAUUAUUUUGUUAAUAAUCUAAACAUUCUUUUUAUUAAAGAAGCAGAUGGUCUGGAGUUCACAGCUUUCAUCCUGGCUUGAUGAUAAUCAACUUUGAAAACACAGUGGACUGAAAAGCAAUUAAAAUUGCUUUAAAUUCUUUUAAAGAUUUUCUUUAAAUCUCUACUAUCCAGUUUUGCUUCAGUUUGUAAAUGUGUAACAUUUAUGGUUAAAUAGGACAAAGCAGACCCUAUUGACUUUUGUUUUCAAAAAUUAAACAAAUUGAUAUAUAAAUUAUUUAGAGGGCGUUUUCAUUUACUUUUGAAAAGAAAAAGAAAUUUGUCUAAAUGACACAUGUUGGUUCUGCAGGAUUGUACCAAUCAGUUCUUUUAGAAUAAAAAAAAAACUUCCAACAAA